AUGCCCGAGGGCAGCGACCCCGCCGCCAUGGUUUCUGCAAAGCAGGUCCUGUCCUUUCUGGCUGAAGCCUCUGAGGUGGAUGCGACGGAGCCACAGCAUGCGUCUGGAUGGGAUCAGGCCGCAUACGAGACAUCAUUGGCAGAGCUGGCAAAGAAGUGUCAUUCUGGGCUGUAUGAUGUGUCUUGUUCGCAGUGUAAAGAAGGACGUGGGGCAAUGCGACCCCAUAGGAAACUGCAUCCUGAUGACGUGAAGGACGCUGCGCUGUCACUUGAUCUUACUGGUCCUCACGCGCCAAGCACGGAAGGGUUCAGGUACGCUCUGGUGGGUGUUUAUACCCUGGGGUCGGGCAAGUCGCUCCUAUACACCAUGGGACUUCGACGAAAAACGGCCCAAGAGGCUGCCGAAGCCACAGUGCAAAUUCUCGCGAGACUUUACUCUCUUGGCGCAGCACAGCUUGUGAGGAUCCAUUCGGAUGGGGGUGGAGAAUUUUCUGGUUCUCGCUUCCAGCAGAUGACCAGCAAACUGGGUGUGUGGCAGACAAUGUCGGCGCCGUAUUGUCCGCAGGCCAACGGACGUGCCGAGCGGUACGUCCAAAAGCUGAAGUUGGGGACGAUAUCGCUUUUACUUCAUGCGCGAUACCCUGUUCGGUUCUGGUACCUUGCUAUGCGUGAAUAUGCCUACAGACAGCGUCACAUGACCCUUCACGGCAGCAUACCGGCCGACGCCCCGACAAUGGGCAAUGCAGUGCUGUUUAGGCCUGAGAAGACUGAGGAUUUUCAACCAAGGACAAUGAAGGCGAGGUUUGUGUGCCACGAUGAUCGAGUGUCAAAUGGGGCUUUGGUUCUUGUGGUGCGUGAUGGCCGUGAGGUGCUUGUGAAAACAUACUGUCCCAGGUUGAACAACGAGCCGCGGCCGCGCUGGAAGAUCCACACAAACCCUGACUCGGGCCAGACUGUGUGGGUGUCCUCGAAUGGGCAAAUCGGAUGGGAAGCCCCACCGGACGGUGGAGUGCUCACCUUUGAGGAGCGCAUGCUUGGUCCCUCGUUGGACGAAGAACCGGAGCUUAUGGCGGAGGGUGGCCUGCAAGGGCUGGCCAGUGCUGUGGACUUUAGGGAUUUCAACCAUGGCUUUCUUCUGCCUCCCGAAAUUGGAGCAGCACCGGGUCCCGUGGCACAUGCAGCCACCGCCAAAGCAAGUGUUAUGGGUUCGGACUCAAGGUACGUUGGCCUGUCUGUGGAGGAAGAGCAAGAAAUCGAGGAUAGCGAGAGGUUGGCAGCCAUUCUGGCCGAGAAGCAACUGACCGUGGAAUCAGUGACGACUUCUGUGUUGACCUCUGGAAGCGAGAUGGCGCAAAAGAAGUGGAUCGGUUCUGUGGAGGCUGAGUUGGGAAACAUGGAGACCAAGUCUGUAUGGCGGGAGUGCCAUAAAUCCAAGGUCAGGGAGGCUUUGGGUUUGGGCGCAACCGAAUACAUUCCCCCACCUCUGCCUAUGAAACUGGUUCUGACUCGUAAGCCGCUUCUUGAGGGAGGAGACGUGACUCUGGAUGCGGAGGUCAGUGAACAGAUCCCCAAGGGAACCAGCAAGGAAGAUCUGUCCGGUAUGUCAGCCCAGACGCUCGCAGAGCUCACCGAGUUGGCCUCGUUCAAGGCCAAGUGUCGCAUAGUAGCCUGUGGCAACUUUGAGGAGGAGCCUGGGAAGGAUUUGUCAAGCCAAAACGUUGACGCAGAUACGUUGCGAUACCUGGUGCAUGAAUGGGCCAGCAAUCGGGAUUGGGCGGGUUUUGCCUUUGAUAUUUCCGCGGCUUUCUUGAAUUCUUGGUUGCAGAAAGGGCAUAAGAUUUCCAUGUGGCCGCCAGGGGUACUUGUGAAGCUGGGUUACUUUGAUCCAGAUACCUUACUGGUUCCUGACAAGUCGCUUUAUGGUUUGAAGCGUGCCCCCAGAGACUGGGAAACAGAACGUGGAUCCAAGUUGGAUGACAAGAUCCUCAAGGCAAAGGCCACAGAUACGCAUGGUGAUCUGAUGCUGAGGGCCCAUCCUGACAUUCCUGGCUUGUGGAGUGUUGUGGCUAUCUCAGAUGGUCGACUCCUAGGCUACACAACCAUGUUUGUGGAUGAUGGACUGUGCAUUGGAAACUCUGAAGCAAUGAUGCGUGUGUUGGAGUAUGUUCUUGAGGUCUGGAACGCUACAGUGCAGGGCAUCAUGGGGUGGAAUGUUGCGAGCAAGGUGCAGAGAGGAAGCAUGCUUAUCCGGAAGGUGGAUGAGUUCGUGUUCUUGGGACCUCGGAUCACGUUGGAUGACCAGGGACUGCAGCUGGACCAGCACCGUUGGUUGGCACAAGAGCUCCAUCGUCGGGGUUAUGCCCAGCUGAGAGGCUCGCCAUCGUUGCCAAAUCUGGACGACGCUCCGCAGACGCCAGCAGAGAGGACAGAGGCGUAUGCACAACAGGUCAAGGAGUGCCAGAGCAACAUUGGAAGUCUGAUGUGGGCGGCAAUGAGGACUCGGCCGGACAUUCAAACUGUGGUUUCCAUGUUGGCGUGCUUGACUGUGAUUUGUCCUGUGUACGUCCUGGGAAAACUGAAGUGCGUCUGGAAAUACGUUCGUAAGACCAUGUGGUUGGGCCUGCGUUUUGUUGGAUCGACUGAUACGGACGCACUGAGGCUGAAGGAAAACUUGGAUCAGCUCCCGGGACGUCGGCAUGUUAUUGACAUGUUCUGUGACAACGCAAGUGCCGUGACUUUGAUUACGAAUCCCACCUUCAACCGAGUGACCUGGAGGACGCGGCACUUUGCCCUUCGGGCGAGCUGGAUUCGUGAUCAGAUUGCCACGCAACCGAUUACAAUCAAGCAUGAGCCGGGCGAGACUCUGGUAGCGGAUGCUUUGACCAAGGUGCUGGCAAGAGCUAGACUGGAGUUCAUGCGAACAAUGUUGAUGCUGCAGUGA